CCCACUACCACGACAGUUAUGCUCCCAAAUCUCGCCUAAACAACUUCCCCCACUCUCUCUCUCUUUCUCUCUCUCUCCUCUACGCGUAUAUUCUCCCCGGCAUAGCGUAACGGUCAUAUUUCCGGUCAUCUUUUUUCUCUCUCUAAAAAUUAACCAUUAAACCCCUCUUUCUCUCUCUACAUUUUCUCACUUCUCACGUGUUCACACCCAACUUACAGCCUUGCUCUCUCUCUACCUCUUUUACUUUCUCUCUCUCAAAGUAUUUUCAGGUUGUGUUUUGGGCGAAAAUUAGGGUUUUGAGAGUGUAGUUUGUGGAUGAGAUGUGAAUAGUGGCUGUGUACUAUGAUGGUGGCUGCUGUGUCUGCUUCACUAAACCCUAAGGCUUCAUCACAAGGUGCGAUUCAAAGGAACACGACGAAGAGGCCUCCAUUGUUGUCCUCUGAGGCUGACAAUGGCGUCUCUGGCAAUCGGAGACCUAAAUCGAGAGAAGUCACUUCUCGGUACAUGUCUUCUAGGUCUUCCACUUCCACGACUUCGACCUCGGCUAGCUCUUCUACGUAUUCGUCGUCCUCCAAUUCGUCUUCUUCGACGCGGUGUCCUUCGCCGCUCGUUUCGAGAACGGUUCCGGUGACGACGCCGAUGCCGGCGCAUUCCGCGAUUAAGCGAUCGCAAUCGGUGGAGCGGAGGCGCCCGGUGACGCCUCGUCCUACUACGCCGGAGAUGUCAGCAGCUGCGAGGUUAUUGGUCAAUUCAACGAGGAGGUUGUCGGUUUCGUAUCAGGGAGAGUCGGUUCCGACUAGUAAGACGAAGACCGCGCCUUCGACAAAUAAUUUGAGUAAUGUGAGGAAAGGAACGCCGGAGAGGAGGAAGGCGGCAACACCGGUGAGGGAUCAGAGGGAGAAUUCGAAGCCCAUUGAUCAGUAUCGGUGGCCAGGGAGAUCACGGCAGGUGAAUUCUUUGAUGAGAAGUUCGGAUUUUACUGUGGAGAAGACGAAAUUUGGUGGAUCUGGGAGUGUUAAGGAAUUGCAAAAAUCCAUGAUCAAUGAGAGUCAUAAAGCCUCAUUUAAUGGUAGAUUGAAAGUUGAUUCCAGCAAUGCGGAGCUCAAAAAGGCAGCUCAGCUUGUUGUUGAUCCAAAUUCAGCUAUUGGAUCUGCUGUGAACUCUGAUCCUGCUGCUUCAGAUAGCGAAAGUGUUUCCUCUGGAAGUAAUUCAGGUAUGCAGGAAUGUGCAAGUGUUGCUCAACCGAGGGGAGGACCUCGUGGUGUAAUGGUUCCGGCAAGGUUUUGGCAAGAGACUAAUAACAGGGUGAGGCGGUUGCCUGAGCCAGGGUCCCCAGUGUCAAGAAACAAUGGAUUGAAACCGGUGGGUCCACCUAAGCUAAUUGCGCCAAAGAAAUUAUUGAAUGAUAGUCCUUCAUCAUCACCCCGGGGAGUCUUAAGUAGCAGGGGACUGUCUUCUCCUCUUCGUGGGGCAGUUCGGCCGGCUUCCCCUAGUAAGCCCGUGACAUCUUUGACUCCAUACCCUUCGAGGGGGUUGGCCAGUCCGACUCGGGUAAGGAAUGGUGUAGCAAGCACAUUCAAUGACAAUACGAGCAACACAGAGUCUAUUUUCAAUUUUGCUGCGGAUAUUAGAAGAGGGAAAAUGGGGGAGAACCGGAUUGUUGAUGCACAUAUGUUAAGGCUUAUGUAUAAUCGGCAAUUGCAGUGGCGAUUCGUGAAUGCAAGAACAGAGGCUUCCCUGUUGGUCCAGAGGGUGACUGCAGAGAAAAGGAUUUAUAAUGCAUGGGUAACUACCUCAAAAUUGUGGCAUUCUGUCAAAUCCAAAAGAAUGGAGUUACAGUUGCUGAAGCAAAAUUUGAAGCUUUAUUCCAUCCUCAAGGGACAAAUGUUAUACCUGGACAGUUGGAAUCUUAUUGACAGGGAUCACUCCAGUUCAUUGACAGGGGCCAUCAAAGCUUUGGAGGCCAGCACUCUCCGCCUUCCUGUUGUUGGUGGGGCAAGGGCAGAUAUUCAGAAUGUGAAAGAUGCUAUUUGUUCAGCAGUUGAUGUGAUGCAGGCAAUGGCACCCUCAAUAUGCUCUUUGCUAUCAAAGGUAGAGCAAGUGAACGUGGUGGUAUCUGAACUUGCUAACAUAACUGCAAACGAACGUGCUUUGGUUGAUCAGUGCAAGGACAUCAUGUCAACGGUAACUGCUAUGCAGGUGAAUGAUUGCAGCCUGAGAACGCAUAUAUUACAACUGAAACACGUACCCUCAAGCUUGACAACGCAAGUGUAAAACUCCAUUUGACUCCCUAAUUGAAAUGCUGACGUCCAUCGAACACAGACAGAAAUAUUAUACGUAUCAAUGCAGUUUGUAAGAGGUGAAGAAGAAUGAUCACUAUUGCCAUGCUCGGAUUUAUGGAAAGCAGUUGUGAAAAAUACUUUGUAUACACAGGUACUAGGAUAUCACUAGUCUAGUUUCAAAUUAGAUUAUAUACGGGAAUUUUCUCUAUAGGUCAAAGAAAAAUAUAUGUAUAUAUGUGUGAUAUUUUCUCAUUCAAUGGUGCUAAUCUAAAAUUUCUUUUUCGGUA